GAGUAAAAGACAGACAGCUAGCAAUGAAGGAGGAUGCUCACCUAACGUCGUCACCUCACCCUUCAAUCCCUCCUCUUUUUAUGCUUUCUCUCUCUCCCAUUCUUCUCUCCAUUCCAUUGAAGCUUAAAAACCACCCAAUUUCUCUCUCAUUUUCAAUCUAGGAUUCACCUCUCAAGGGAAGUUUAGAGUGAGGAUUAUCUAUCAAUGACGGGACCUGAUUUCAUGGAUGAGAUUGACUGCGGAAGCUUCUUUGAUCAAAUUGAUGACUUGAUAGACUUUCCCACCGACAAUGACUGUGGUCUUGGUGUUGGUUCAGUCAAUUGCAAUGAUUUUCCGACCAUCUGGUCCGAUCCCCCAAAUGGGUUACUCGAUUCCGACCCCAUUUUCUCUGGUAACCAUACCAAUACUGGUGUCUCUGACCUCUCUGCUCAGCUCUCUGUUCCGUAUGAAGACAUUGUCCAACUCGAAUGGCUUUCAAAUUUCGUGGAGGAUUCGUUUGCAAUUGGAGACGACAUGACGCUCAUAAAGGAAAAUUACCCGAUCAAGAAAGAAUCGCCUCAAAAUCCCUUCCAUUCCACCAGCCCUGUCUCGGUUCUCGAGAGCAGCACAACCACAACAACCACCACUAGCAGCAGUAGUUCCUCUUGUUCGAUAGGAAAAGUGAUUUCUCUAAACGGGCCUCAAAGGGCCAGAAGCAAACGCCCCCGCCCAACCACCUUCGGACCGAGACCUUCCAUCCGAAUCAUCUCCCCAACUUCCUCCUUUACUGGCCCUACCUCCUCUCAAGUACCACUCGAAUCCGACAGUUUUGCGGAUUCGCAUCUUCCAAAGAUACCGGUUGAUCAUGAUAUUGAUCAUAAGAAGAUCAUCAAGAAGAAGAAAACCAUGAUCAAGAAUUCGACAUCAUCCACUGUUGUUGUUCUUAACCAACCUUCCUUUAAUCAAUCGAUUAGGAAAUGUAUGCAUUGUGAGAUAACAAAGACUCCGCAAUGGCGUGCUGGCCCAAUGGGUCCGAAAACGUUAUGCAAUGCGUGCGGUGUACGGUAUAAGUCGGGCCGACUCUUUCCUGAGUAUCGACCAGCUGCAAGCCCAACAUUUGUUCCUGCUUUCCAUUCGAAUUCGCAUAAGAAGGUUGUGGAGAUGAGAACAAAAGUUCCUGGUAUUCCGAAAGAACCCCAACCCGAGCUCGUGCCUAACUUCCACCCGGGGCUCGAUUUCGUUUGAAUUUCUAAUAGCCGGUUUCAAUUUCUAUUUGUUAAUUUGUUUUCAUUGUACAUGGAAAUGAGGGGGUAGAGUUGGAAUGCAAUAUUAGUUAGUUAUUACUUAUUAUUAUGGUAGUUUGAGAGGAAGGGAAUGGGAUUAGAAGAAGAGAUUUAAUGUUUUUUUUACUAUUAUUCAGAAUUAGUUUUCAGCCUUUCAGGAUUUAUUAUUAUUAUUAUGUUAUAUUUUUAUAGUUCUUUUUAAGUUCUAAAAAACAUAAAUUGGGUCUUUUGGUUUGGGUGAGCUUUCAAUUUUUGUAAUUUUUUUUACCAUUUUGUACUUUUGUAAUUUUUCUUCCCUUUUGUGGCAAAAUGGGAUUGAUUUUGCAGACUAGUUUGUAGAAGUUUCCAGCUUCAUUAAUGGUUUUCAGCUUUUA